GUUAUAGUUGAAGAUAGAUAAACAAACCAAGCCAAAACUCAAAAGCAAGCAAAAUGUCAUUAUAAAUUAAAGUUGUAAUGUUGCAAUUACACUCACAUACUUUAAGAUCCAAAUCUGAGUUUUACCCUUUCAAUUUCCAUUUCUUUUUUCAGAUAACGAAUCACAGCCUAACUCACCGACAUUCCUUCUCAUUUAUCCCUCUUCUUUUUUACUCUCUCUUCUUCCUUUCUAUUACCUCUUUUUUCAUACUUCAAAUUUGAAUCAUACUUUCAAAUAUUUGCAUACAGAAGAAAACUCCCAGUUUUUCUCUGUUUUAUUUAUUUAUUUUUUUUUCAGGUCAGUUUCUCCUUUUAAUAUCGUCUUUUACUUUUAGAUAUAUAGAUCUUUCCUUUUUCAUGGGGUAUAAUAUAAUGUUUCAUACGAAACUUUUGGGCAUUUGACAAGGUUUUGAUUCUUGAAAAGUAUGUUUAAGUUGUCGCCUCGUAGUAGGGGUUCGAGGUCGAACAAGGGGAUCAAGGUAAAGCAUGCGAUGCAAUUGAUUUUGUUGUUGGGUGUUGGUAUUUGGUUAGUGUACCAAAUCCAACGUUCUUAUGGUAAGGAGAAAACGUUCGGAGAAGCAAAAAAGGUUUCGGAAAAGGUGCAAGAAGGGAUUGAGAGGUUAAAGUUGGGAAGGAGGGAUCCUCCUGAGUUGGAGGAAGAUGAGAGGAAUAGUGUGGAAGAGGGUGAGGAGAAGAAAUUUGGAACUGGGGAUGUAAAGCUGGAAGAGAAUGAGGAUGGAGGGGGCGGGAAAGUGGAUGAAAAACCCAAAGAGGAAGUUAAGGAUGAAAGCGUGGAGAAACAAAUUGAAGAGGGGAGAAGUGAAGAGGGUAAGGAAGAAAGAGGAGGAGAAAGUGAGGGGGAAAGUGAGAAGAAGGAUAAUGAAGGGUUGAAGGAGGAGGAUAAGGGAAAUGAAGAGGUGGAGCAAGAAGGGAACAAGGAUAUGGAAAAUGAGGUGAAGGAUGAUGGAGAAAACAAAAGUGAGGAGGUGCAACAGGUUGAGAACAAAGAAAAGGAAAAUGAAACGAAGGAAGAGAACAAAGCGGAGGAAAGUGAAGCUAAGGAAGAGAACAAGGAGAAUGAAAAUGAAGCCAAGGAAGAGAACAAAGUGGAGGAACAUGAAGCUAAGGAAGAGAACAAAGCGGAGGAAACUGAAGCCAAGGAAGAGAACAAAGCUGAGGAUAAGGAGAAAGAAGAGGGCAAAGAAAAUGAAAGUGGAGAGCAAAAAUCUGAUGAGAACAAGACUGAUGAAAUUAGGGACGAGAGCAAAGAGAGUGGAAAUGAAGAAGAGAAGAAAGUGAAAGAGAAAGAAGCUGAGAAAGAGAAUGGAGAAGCUAAAGAAGAAAACCAAGAGAGCAAAGAGAAUGACACUUCAUAUAAUGAAGGUCAAGAAAAGGAAGAAGGCAACAACGAUAGUAAGAAUGAAGAAACAAGUACGGAAGAUAAGUUCUCUAAGAUAGAGGAUUCAGGUUCAUCAGAUGCUCAGGUUCAAGAUGGAAUUAACAAGGAUGACAAAGCUGUUACUGAGAAACAAAACAAGGAAAAUGAUUCUUCCACUUCAGAGCUGAAUGCAUCUGAACAUAAAGAGAAUAAUGAAGAAGCCGUGGAAAAUAAGACUGCUGAAAAGGAAUCUUCUGAUGCAGUAACUGCUGGCGAAAAACAUGAUGUUACUCCACAAGAUACGGCUGAUGGCUCUCACUCUCUCCCUUCUGAAACUGUAGAGUCUGGCGAAGACAAGCAAGCUAAUGCCACUACAUUCAGUGAUGAAACAUUUGUUACCCAGAAUCAAAAUUAUGCAACAGAUAACACAAGCACUAAAGAGGAUAAUAAUUCCGUUCUACGGGAAGUUGUAUCGGAGAAACCUGAAGCAGGAGCAAGUGAAAACCAAUCGGAUGCAAAUUCUGACUCCGGCUCUAAGACUGAGGACACCAACAAUGUUGAAGGUGGAGGAGGCUCUUCAGCAGAUGGUCAUACUUCCUAUUCUGAUACAUCUGGUCACGAGGGUGCAAAUGGGGAGAAUCCAGAGAAAAAUAUCUCUGGAAAUUCUCCUUCUGGAACAAAUGGAACAAAUGAAUUAAUCAACCAUGAUCAAGUUCACUCUUCCUAUGAUUCAAACUCUGAGGAACAUAAAGAGAAGAAAGCGUCAAAAGUGAAUAAAAGCGAAGAUGCAAAGAAACCAGUGGAGCCAAAAGAGUAUGCAUCAAAAGAAAAUGAUGGCCAAGAAGCAGAGAAGCCAGUGGAGAAAAGAGAGGAAGCAACAAAAGCAAAUGAUGGCCAAGGUGCUGAGAAAUAUGAACAAGUUGAUGAUUCCAAACAGCAGCAGCAUUUGGAGGAGGAGUCAUUGAACUAUAAUAAGAAAAUUAAUUUGGAGCAUGAGCAUGAGCUGCAAGCUGAGUCUACGAACAACUCAGAGUCAGAAGGCCAAAAAGAGGACUCAACAAAUGUUCAGCCUCGUCAUGAAGCUGAUACCUCAGUCACUCUAGAAGUUAAAGAUCGAACUGAUUUAGAUACUCUGCCAGACAACAGUAAUGAAGCUGGCAGCAAUAGAGAUGCGGUUGCCAAGUGAGUUUUCCAGUUAGGCGCUUAAAUUGCAGUUUUUCUUUAUUACCACUGGAAGGCAAGACUGAGUUUUAGUUUCCCUUUUCUUGCAAAUGUAGGGGCUGUGUACAACCCUCUUGUAACAUGGUCUUUCUCUGUCCUUAUUACGAUAUUUGUGUAUAAAAGAUGUUUAAUUGAUGAGUUGAUAGGCUGAUCGUUAGUAAUGUUCUUAUGUUGCUCCAUAAGAGUUCAAAACGCCUUAUAGUUUUUUAUUUUCGGUAUGUAGUAUGCAUUUAUGCUGCUGCACUGGGGCAUUCAUCCUUGAUUGCCUUGAAAUGGGAUUAUUCUAUUAAUGUUAUAGAAUUAGAUUCUGUAUUUUAAUUCA